UUGCUUAAAAAUUUUUCGCUUACAAUCAGUAAGAUUUGCUUUGUUAGACAGUGCGGUACAAUAAAACGCUUAAAUAAUAUGCGAUACUCUGUAGUGUUCUCCUUACUACUCUUAAUACUCGGCUUAAGCUGGGCCCAGAAUAAGGGAAGUCCAACCGGUUCUACCACUUCGAUUGGACCGCAAAAACAUUUAGUUUGUUAUUAUGAUUCUUCAAGUUUCGUUAAGGAGGGUCUUGGAAAGAUGGUCAUCGAUGACUUGGAGCCAGCUUUACAAUUUUGUACCUAUUUGGUGUAUGGCUAUGCCGGCAUUGAGCGUGACUCCUACAAAGCUGUAAGCAUGAAUCAAAAUCUUGAUUUAGACUUGGGCAAGGGCUUGUAUCGUUCAGUAACUCGUCUAAAACGUAAAUAUCCUCAUUUGAAAGUGUUGUUAAGUGUCGGCGGUGAUAAGGACAUUGAAACUGGCGAGGAUGCCAAAGAUUUACCAAACAAAUAUUUGGAAUUAUUGGAAAAUCCUACCGGUCGCAUGCGUUUCAUAAAUACAGCGUAUGCUUUAGUAAAGACAUACGGUUUCGAUGGUCUAGAUGUCGCCUGGCAAUUUAAUAAGAAUAAACCGAAAAAAGUGCAUAGCGGCUUAGGUAGUCUGUGGAAAGGUUUUAAAAAGACUUUCACUGGCGAUUAUAUUGUCGAUGAAAAUGCCGAAACUCAUAAGGAACAAUACACAGCCUUGAUGAGAGAAUUGAAAAAUGAAUUCCGUCCGGAGAAUCUCUUGUUAUCGGCCACCGUCCUACCCAACGUGAAUUCUUCGUUGUUCUACGACGUGCCCUCUGUAAUGAAUUACGUGGAUUUUGUAAAUUUGGCCGCUUUCGAUUUUUACACGCCUGAGCGUAAUCCCGAAUUAGCCGAUUUGCCGGCACCUUUGUAUCCGCUACCCGACCGAAAUCCCGAAUUCAAUGUCGACUAUCAAGUUCAAUAUUGGUUACGUCAGGGUUGCCCCGCGAACAAGCUCAAUGUAGGUGUUCCCACUUAUGGACGUCCUUGGAAAAUGACAGAUGAUUCGGGCCUAACCGGUGUACCGCCCGUACCCAAAGUAGAAAAUGAAGCUCCUCAAGGCCCAAAUACUCUUAUCCCGGGCUUAUAUAGCUGGCAAGAAGUGUGCUCCCUUUUACCGAAUACCAAUAAUAUGUAUUCGAAAGGAGCUGAUGCCCCGCUAGCGAAAGUUUUGGAUCCUCAAAAGAAGAGCGGUGUGUAUGCUUAUCGUGUAGCGGAUAAAAAAGGCAAAAAUGGUAUUUGGGUGGGUUAUGAAGAUCCCGAUACAGGCGCGGAAAAAGCUGGCUAUGUGAAAACUUUGAAUUUGGGCGGUAUAGCUCUCUACGAUUUAUCUUUCGAUGAUUUCCGUGGUCUAUGUACGGGUGAUAAAUAUCCCAUUUUACGUGCCAUUAAAUAUCGUUUGGUCAACUAAUCGAUACAUUUUUUGCUUUUAAUAUUUUCAUGAUAAUAUAAAAUUAAUUCUAAAAUAAAUGUGAAUUGUGUUGCGUGAAAAAAGUCAUAGUGUGUUUGCUAAACAAUAACACAACAAUAA